AUGGAUCUCGACGCCUUUCCAAUCAUCGACAACCAGGGCCUGGUGAAUCCUCUGGUACCAGAGGGCACACAGGCGCACGUCUUUGCUAUUAUAGAUGUGAACCAGAAGCUCCAGUACAUCGGAUUCAGCAAGGGCCUGCGCACGACGCUGCGCACGCUGCUGGGGCGGCGCCCCGACAAGGCGCACUUUUUCAAGGCGGUGCACUUCCAUGAGUUUGACCAGGCGGCCAUGGUGGCGGUGCGGGACGCCUGGUACGAGCAGUGCGGCGGCGCGCCGCCGGGCAACAAGCUGGCGCUGGAGCGCAACCAGUGGCAGAAGCCGGUCGACGGCGGCGCCAUCAGCCAGCGCGGGAAGAGGGGUGCGGCGGAGGACAAGGCGCGGGAGCUGCUCACCAUCAUCCGGCAGCGCGGCUGCACAGAGCCCUUCACGCCGGCGCCUGAGCUACUCGAUGACGGCCUGGUCGAGUUUUUGGAGGUUGCGGCGCUGUCUGACGAGCAGCUCAAGGCUGCGCGCGAGGCGGCGGCCAAGGCGGCAAAGGAGAGCCGCUCCUGCUCAGUGGUGGUUGACGGGCAGCCCAAGCUGUUCACGGCCGCCGACAUUUUCAUACCCCUUGACAGCUGCAGCGGACCCGACUCGUCGCCCGGCCCAGCAGACAUCCCCUGA